AUGGGGAGCAACAUGGAUUACGCAUUCCCAGCCGGAGAUGAAAGCGACGCCAGCAACGACGAGUGGGAUAUCGGUUCCUCUGUCAAAAAGAAGUCAACUUGCACUAAGGAUGUGGAUGCAGUUGUGCCAUGUGCAGAAGAAGAUGAUGUGUCAUUGUUGAAAAGAGCAAUCAAUAAGGGAGAUAUUGGGACAGUUGAACAUCUGUUGGACAAUGGCAUGGAUGUGGAGACCAAGCUGGGUUUUGAAUGGACUCCUCUGAUGUGUGCCGUCAGUGUGGCUAAUUACGACCUGGCCAAAGUGCUACUGGACAGAGGGGCCAGUGCCAACUUCAGCAAAGAUCAUUGGACGGUGCUCAUGGCCAGCUGCACAGCGUCUGCUGGUGAAGACAAAAUUGCUCGCUGUGUGGAGCUCCUGCUUUCCAGAAACGCUGAUCCAAACAUGCUGGACAGGUCUCAAAUAAGCUGCCUGAUGCUGGCAGCCAGGAACGGUUACAGUAAGGUCAUCAACCUGCUGGCGUCCCACGGCACAGACAUCAACAUCCAGGACUGUAAUGGAUACACGGCUUUGGCUAUGGCAGUGCAGUAUAACAGAGAGGAGGCAGUGCUGAAGCUUCUCGAGCUGGGAGCGGACAAAACGAUAACGUUAAACGAUGGCAAGAGCCCAGCUGACCUGGCUUUGACAUUAAAAAAUAAACAGAUAUCCAGGAUCAUGGCCUCUUCAUCCCACAUUUCCAGCUCAGCGGAGAAAACCCUUCCAAAGUUAUUGAAAACUAACUCUGAACCUCCACCUUCCAAGGAAAGUGCAACCAAACUGGAUGACCUGGAGCUCCUCCUGCACGGCCUCGAUCUCAGCUACCUUGCUGACAUCAUGAGUGAAAAUGACAUCACCUGGAACUACCUGUUGACCAUGGAGAAGGAGGAUCUGGAGAAGAUUGGUAUCACAGACCCAGUGGACCAGCAGAAGGUGCUGAGUGCUGUGCAGCAGAUGCACCUGGACAAAGUGGACCUGACUACAAUCAGCCAAUUGGAAGCAUCAGAAAUUGGGAGUGAGGAGCUGCAGACUUUCCUGAUCAGUGUGAUGCAGCAGUGCUGUUACCUAACGGAAACAAUUCAAGAUGUCAUCAGCCGUUUUCCGCGCCAAGCCUCUCAGCUGGUCUUCUCACUAGAUCCGAAGAAGGAAGCUCAGGGUGUCUGCAACCAGCUGGUGGUUCACACUAAAGACCUGCAGAAGGAAGUCAGCUGCCUCCGCAGUCUGCUAUGCCAGAUGGACGCGACCACAGAUUGCUGUAAACUUCCUCAACCCGGUAGCCAUGGCAACGGGAGGAUGCGGUCCCUGGCGAGACUUGCACUGAGCACGUUCGGAGCCACAGUCCUCUUCCUCCUCUACAAAGCCGCCGGUGGCAAGGUUUACCUGCGGAUGUACAGCAGCGGCGUCUGCUGA